CACACCCCGGCCAUCGCGCUACUCCUCUUCUUUCGGCGUUCCGCGGACUUCCCUCUCGGUGAACCGUGGCUCCUCAGACGCUGGGGCGCCCUCACGAGUCUCAUUCGUCGACGAGUUCCUCCUAUGUGUGUCGAAAUUCACCCGCUUUGCCCGAUAUUUACACAAACUACCCCCUAACACCGGCGCCAUGAUGAGCGCACCCUGCCGUGCUGCCACCUGCACGGCGAAAGCCGGAAGCUGAGACGUUCAGCUGUCAAACAGAAUGUGUGAGGUUAUGUUGCAGUCGAAGUGAAGUAGACGACAACAUCAACAUUCGCCACAAUUCCAAGAGGCGAUUAUCACAGCGUCGAUGUGCUCUUAUCAUGAUAUACUUUGAAAAAUCAGAUAAGUUCAUCGUCCAAAAUGUACGAAGCCUACGAGUGCUCACAACUGUUAAAAUUAAGUGUUCCCAUAGAAUGCAUCGCUGCUUACGAGGACCACUUACUUGUCGGCACAAAAGUUGGACAUCUGCUUAUGUACAGCAUUUCCAGCAGAUACUCUGACAAUAAAAAUGAAGUCCACCUUCUUCGAUACAAUAAGACAUUUAGUAAGAAGCCCAUUCAACAGCUGGCUGUUGUCCAGGAACAUCAACUUUUGAUCAGUUUGACAGACAAUGUUGUGUGUGUCCACGAUAUGGCCAUUAUUAAUUUUCCUACCCUAUGUGUUGUUUCUGAAACCAGAGGUGCCACACUUUUUUCAGUAGACAUAAAGAAAACAGUAACUCAAACUGGAGAAAAAUCUGUGAUAGUAAGAAUGUGUGUGGCAGUGAAGAGAAAGCUGCUGAUUUUCUAUUGGAAAAAUGGAACAUUUCAUUCUCUAAUGGAGGAGAUUUCUAUGCCUGAUACACCCAAAGCUUUGGCAUGGAUUGAAGAAACCAUAUGUGUUGGAUUCAAAGGUGAUAGUGUUUAUAUGUUGUACCAUCUGAACAAAGAUAGCAAAAAGGAUCAAACGCAGACACCUUUGUGUCCUCCGGGGAACCGGUCCCCAAGCGUCCUUGAAAUGAAUGGGGAAAUAUUCAUACUUGGAAAAGAUAACCACUCUAUAUUUAUAGACACACAAGGAAAUCCAGCUGGUCUGAAGCAAAUGAAAUGGGAGAAUGUUCCUAGGGAUCUAGUGUAUGAUGAGCCCUACCUUGUUGCUCUUUCACCGGAAUCCAUUGAAAUUAGGACAGUUGAACCAUCCCUCAUUGUUCAAACUCAUCUUCUCGAUGAUCCUAAAAUGAUCAUCAGAUGCAAGUCAGGGCUGCUUUAUGCGGCAUCGGGUGCAUUUGUCUGGUGUCUGCAGAAUGUCACAUGGAGUCGACAAAUUCAUUUUUUGCUGGAACAGAAGCAGUUUCAACUCGCCUUAAAAAUUGCAAAUAUAUCUGAUGAAACAUCAGAAGACAAAGCCAAAAAUGUUCAUCAAAUACAGACUUUAUAUGCGUAUGACUUAUUUAAUAAGAAACAAUUCAAGGAAUCCAUGGAGCAAUUCCUUAAGUUAGAAACAAAUCCAUAUGAAGUAGUCAAGCUUUUUCCUAAUCUAUUGCCUCAACAAGAACGUUUGAAAGGGCAGACUGAGGCUGUUGUGAAAUUGGAGGACAUAGACUUGGAAAGUGGCUUACUCGCUCUCAUUGAAUAUCUGACUAAAGUGAGGCUUGCUAAAAAAUCUGAAAAGGAGAAAAAAGACAAAGAAUUCUCCGAAAGAGAGAAGAAGAGAAUGAGAAAACUAACACCCGAGGAAGAGGUUAAAAUUGAUGCCGAAAACAAGGUGUAUGAUCAGUUUUGUAAGGCAACUGAACAACUUUUCCAAAUAAUUGACACGACAUUACUAAAAUGUUACCUACAGACCAAUGAUGCAUUUGUUGCUCCUCUCCUUCGAUUGAAUCACUGCCAUUUGGGAGAAGCAGAGAAAAUGCUCAAGAAGCAUGAGAAAAACAGUGAAUUAAUAAUCUUGUAUCAAACAAAGGGCCUUCACAAAAAGGCACUCGAAUUAUUGCAAAAGCAAUCCACUCAACAAGACCCAUCACUGCAGGGUCAUUAUAGAACAGUGUUGUACCUUCAAAAUCUUGGGAGAGAAAACAUAGAACUUAUAUUUCAGUUUGCUGGCUGGGUUCUGGAGGAGCAUCCUAUGGAUGGACUUAGUAUUUUCACUGAGGAAAUGCCGGAAGUGGAGGGCCUACCCAGACCAAAAGUUCUCGACUAUCUUCUCCGUUUACACAAAAAACUAGUCAUCCCUUAUCUUGAACAUGUAAUACAUGUGUGGAAUGACUCCUCCACAAUAUUACAUGAUGCGUUGGUUCAUCAGUAUCGGGAACAAGCCAUUUCUCUUUUCACUGCGGGUAAAUUAUCGGAAGAGAAAGAAGUGCGUGCCAAGCUAUUAGCUUUCCUUGAAGUUUCAAAGAACUAUUCUCCUGAGAAUGCUCUGGUGCAGUUCCCAUAUGAUAGUAUGUUUGAAGAGAGAGCAGUGAUCCUGGGAAAGCUCGGAAAACAUGAACAGGUUCUGUCCAUCUAUGUGAUGAUGCUUGGGGAUGUGAAUCGGGCCAUCCAAUACUGUCAUGAAGUUUACAGCAACCAAAAGGAAGGGGCAGAUGAAGUUUAUGUACUAUUGAUUAAAAUGUUGAUAAGUCCUCCAGACAGUUGGCUCAGGGGUGUUCCAGUGUCUCCUGCAACAUCAAAGCCAGAUUUAGAAACUGCUUUAAGUCUGCUAGAAGAACACGCUGCCAAGAUUCAGCCUAUUCAAGCACUUGAGGUGUUGCCUGACACUGUCCCAAUAUGCAGGAUUCGUCAUUUUCUUGAGAAAAGUCUUCAAAAGCAAUUGAAUGAAAGACGGCACAUUCUUGUUCUUAAAGGAUUAACAUUUGCUGAGAAUCUCCAGGCUCAAGAACAAAGAAUGCAUUAUUUUGAGUCCAAAAUCACAAGCAUAACAGAGUUGAAUGUUUGCUCUGUGUGCAAAAAGCGAUUUGGCAAUCAAAGUGCUUUUGCUCGCUACCCGGAUGGUGAUGUAGUGCACUAUCACUGCCAAGAUCGUAAAGCUCAACAGUGACAAUAUUUACAUGCUGAAGCCAGUGCCAAUAUCACGGCCAACAAAUCUCUUACUAGUGUGUAAGUCCUUUUGUUUGUUUUUAGUUUUUCUGCAAAAGUGUAUGUAGCCAUGUUAAAACUUGCUAGUCCUAUAAAGAAAACAAAAAGAAUCUGAAUCACUUAAGAAAGUGAAAAUCCUAUUUUUCUUUAUACAUGUUUCAGAUUGAGUCCUUACACACUUGGACUCUAUUGAAUUAGUGAGCUCAAUUUUUCCAAGUUUUAUACUUUGUGAGCUUUUUUGGCAAUACAAGUUAUCAAUCUGUUUUUAGUGUUAACAUGUCAAGUGCCUGUGUACUUUAUUACAUAUAUCCAUUCAAAUUAUAUAUUUUAUAAUUUUUGCUUCAAUAUGCUCCUUAUAACAACAGUUGUGUGAUAAUCAAAUGUGGUGAUCCGUUGUUUCUCUUUACUUGUUAGUCUUUGAAUGUUUUAUGUGGGGGAAUCCAGAUACCAUACUUGUUGUUUUAUAUGAGUUUCUGUAAGGCUUUUUUGAUACUAUGAUUCUACAUCUCUGCUGGACAGACAUUAAGGAUUAGAGGAACUGAUUCGUCAUAUUACAUAGUGAAUUCAAUUAAUUUCUACAUUUUUCCACAUCCUUGACCCUGCAGCUUUUAUUUAUAGACGGGAUGCUUGUCUCCAUGUAUACAGUUUUCUCACCUGAAAUCAAACGAUGUAUUUUCAGAAGUUUUGUAUGCACUGUUUGUAAACAAAAAUUAUGAUUACUAUUUGAUAUCAAAAUGCUUCUGAGGAGUGUGUCUGACUCACAAUAUCCUUUUUUUUUUUUUUUUUUUGUUUGGUCGAGGUGAUAAUGUCUGUGAUAUAAUUUUAAAGUUGACUUGUUAUGCUAUUAGAAUAUUAUCUCUGUAAUUGGUGGUUACUUCCUUUACUUUCUAAAAUAAUAUUCAACAAGAAAAUUCUUCUAAUAAACGUGUUGCUUUGUUCUAAAUUUCUCAUCACUUGUAAUAAUUUUUGAGCUGAACUGAAGGUUGUUUUUUUUUGUGUUGUUGUUGUCCAAGAAGUUCUUGACAUUGCAAAAAAAAAAAUCUGAAGUUGUGUCUUUGAUGACUGAUAUUUUAAUUGAAGUGCAUGUAUAUUUUUGCUAAUCCUGCUUGUUUCUGACUGUAUUUCUAUGUGUGGCCUUCUUUCACUUCCACAGACGCCACUCUUGAUCAUUUUUAUUGUAGUUUCUACCUAUUUUUUCAUCACGUGUUGUGUAAUUUAUCACCUGUCACAACACUGCCUAUGUCAAAGAUAUGCUUUCAGAACUGUUCAAAUCUUUUCUUGUCUUGUGAACUGUUCUUGAAACUGAAAAUAAAGUAAAAUUAAUCGGGACCCGAA